AUUUUCAGGUGUUCGUUGUUUACCUGCUGAUUGGAAAGAAGCAGGUAGUACGAGAGCAACGUAGAAAGAAUCACGAGUUUGAAAUUACGCUGACAGUUAUUACUUUGGAAAACUUGAGAAAUGAUGGAUCGCACGAAAAUGCUUUGUGUUAUUUGGCUUUGUAUAUUCCCCAUGUCUGACUCUAAGAGCAUACCCAUUGGCAUGUUUAGGACUGAGUGCCAGGAUCGUCACUUCUGGUUGGCGGUCAGAUCAAACUUUCUUGGUUACACGUUUAGGUUUGAUGUUGAAGGUGGUCAUGGUGUCCAUACUGUCACUGGUCCAUGGGCUGCUGAGUGCGGCUACACCACGGCGCUGGAUGCGUCAGGAGACUUGACUUUACGAGCGUCUUACCUGGCCUGCCAUGUGAAAAACCAGGAAGACUCCGAGCUUCAGCUGCUGGUGUGGUUUGUGAACCAGGGUGUGCAUGGUGAGGAGGCCUCCUACCCCCUCCUGCUCACCUGCCAGCUGCAACAGCCCUGGAACCCCAGAGAGAUCGUCUGUGAGGAAAACUACAUGGAGGUGUCUGUGCUGAAACCAACUCCUCCUGAUGACCAAAAGGGUACAGAAUGGAUGAACCCUGCCCCGGUGAGUCCGGAGGAGGGUUUGAGUGAGUGGAGGGUCGUGUUCCAUGUGCCCGUGGUCAGUGAGGAGCCAGGAGAGGCCGGGGCCAUGAGGGAGGAGACGGUCCCCGUGGGGAUGGCCCACCUGCUGGGGUAUUACAUCAACAGCACAGGGUCGCGGAUCCUCCUGCGAUGUCCCUACGGCUCCAGACUCUCCUACCCCAUGCAGGUGAAUGGGAUCGAGGUCGAGCUGGUCAGUGCCACUGUUCUGUACAAGCACCAGUGGACGCUACUCCGAGUGGAUACUUCUGUGGCUUGCGCUACACGUGAGGCCGUGCUGGCGGAGACCCACAUCGUGUGGUCUUUCCCCCAGGUCCUCUCUCCUGUGGUGCAGCUCCCGGUCACACGCAGAAGGGUGAGAGUUGGUGUCGAGGGGCAGUACCUCAGCAGCUGUAUGGCUCAGCAGUGGGGUUAUCAGAUCCAGGAACAAGAAGGGACGGUGGAGAUACGGGUCCCUUUCGGAGCCAAAGGAGGGCUGCUGAAGAGCCAUGUGAGUGAUAAUGAAUAUUCCCAGUCCUACUUCCUGGACCUGUUCUACCUGCAUGAGUGGGAGGACGCCCAGUGGUCUCUGACGCAGCAGCGCACCUUCAGGCCCGUGUCCCUCCGCCGCCAGCCUCAGACCCCCAGAGUCAUCAACAACACCGUCGCCUCAGAGGGCGCGUUCUCUGUGGCUCUGGGCGUGUUCCCACCCGACGUGUCCUUGGUCAACGUCACCAUAGCGGGACGGACGGUGUCCUGGUCCGAAGGCGGCGGCCGCCUGGGACUGGGCCUCUCUCACGUCCCCUUCCCCAAUGGCACUCACGCCUACUUACUGCAGGCCCCCUUCUCCCACCCACUCGUCUCCCAGCGGUAUUUGGGGGAUCGGCACAGGAGGUAUACCCUCUCCGUGAUCUUCUCCCUGCUCGUGUCACCUGAAGCUGACCUGUAUCACCAUCCUGCCAUGGUAGAGACUGAUCUGCAGGACGUGGAGUUGCCCAGAAUAGAAGGACAAUGUACGCAGCGCGGAGUGGAGUUGCAGUUGCAUUAUGGGAACGUGGACGCAGACUGGACAGUGUAUAUGGGGGGCCAAAGGCUGGACUGGGAGCUCAUGCAGCUAGCAGGCUACAGCUUAGUUGUAAAGAAUGAUCAGUUCAGCAUGGAUGUGCCCCUGUUUAGUCAAGGGAUGACUUACGAGGGCCUUGGGAUGGAGGGACUGCUGGUCAGUGCACAGCUGAGUGUAGUACACUCGGACACAGGAGAGGACAUCACUCACAGGCAGCACUGUGUUUUCCCUAUGUAUGAGUUGCUGGUUUGUUUGCCAGAUGGAAGAGUAGUAGUUUUGAUUGACACAUCAGAAGUGUUCCCGCCCAUUGACCCUAAAUGGACCUCACUUCUGAACCCAUCCUGCCGACCCCUGGAGACCAACCACACCCGAGCUCUUUUUAGCUUCACCAUAGAGAGCUGUGGAACUGUUAAAAUUCUAAUAGAUGGCCAGCUGCACUACAUUAAUGAAGUGAGAUACACCCCUAAAUAUCUGUCCCAUAAGAAGCCUCCCAGUAACCACCACCUCAACUUCAGGAUCCCAGUUGGCUGCAUUCAUCCAGCCAAUGGCACGCGCACCUUGAGCAUCUUCCAGCCUCAGAACCACACGCCCAGCCCUGCCACCUCGCGCUCCAGGAGGCUUCGCUCACACAGCACAGAGCACUGGAAGCAGCCCUUCCUCACAGGUGAGCGGGACAGACGUACGGCCACACGGGAUGUGUAUUAA